CCCCCCCGCCGCCGGUCGCGGCUCGUCCCGGCCCCGCCAUGGCCGCCCUCCCCCGCCUCGGCAUCCAGAUGCUGCUGGAGGCCGCCGAGUUCCUGGAGCGGCGGGAGCGAGAAGCCGAGCACGGUUACGCCUCGCUGCGGCCCGGCGGGAAGGACGGGGAGGCCCCGCGGCGCCGCGCCAAGGCCCGGAGGAGCGGCGGCGGCGGCAGGUCGACACACAAUGAGAUGGAAAAGAACAGACGUGCCCAGCUCCGGCUGUGCCUGGAGAGGUUGAAGGGGCUGGUGCCGCUGGGGGCGGCAGCCGGGCGGCACACAACACUCAGCCUCCUCACCAGGGCCAGGCUCCACAUCCAGAAGCUGGAGGACCAGGAGCGCCGGGCCCUGCACCAGAUCGAGCAGCUGCAGCGGGAGCAGCGGCACCUCCAGCGGCAGCUGGAAAAGCUGGGAAUGGAGCGGGUCAGGAUAGACAGCAUCGGCUCCAGCCUUUCCUCUGAGCGCUCCGACUCGGAUCAAGGUGAGACCCCGCGCUGGGGGAUGGCCAGCGAGAGGCCUGGCUGUGCUGGAACUCCAACCAUUCCCAUUCCUCCGGCAGAAGAGAUGGAUGUGGAUGUGGAGAGCACGGACGGCCUCCCAGCCGACCUGGACUGGAGCAGCAGCAGCCCCAGCGAUUCGGACGAGCGCGGGAGCCUCCAGAGCCUGGGCAGCGAUGAGGGAUAUUCCAGCUCCGGCGGGACCAGGGCAAAGCUGGCGAACAGCCGGAAGCUUCCUGUCGGGAUUUAGGAAGCGCUUCCCAUCGCCGUGGCACCACCGCCGUCCCCUUGGGAUCCCGUUAGCCAGCGCACCCACCCUGCCAGCAUUCCCUGCACGGAAACACCUGAACGUCCUGCCGGUCCAGCUGCUCCCAGGGCUCCGUUUGCAUCACCGGCCUCUCCUCCUGGCCGAACCUCCUCUGCCAGGCCCUACAUUCCAGCCACGCCUGAAGCGCCCAGGAAUAUCCUGGCAAUAACAGCGACCUCAAGAGCCCUCCCUGGGCUCUUUCCAAGGCUAUCACUGCCUGGUAUUCCCUAUCUCCUCUACAUUUGGGUGGCGACAUCACGUUCCCAAUCCUCGGGACCCAAAAAGCUGAGUUUUUGGGAGGAGACACAAAGAGAUCCUUUGUGGAGUUUCCAUCCGUGACAGAGUGGAGCCAAGCUGGGAACACAGAGCAUUUCGGGCACAGGGAUCAGCCUCAGUCAGGGGUUCCUUCCCCCGACUCUAAAUAUUCAGGGAUACCCCAUCCUGGCCCUCCCAUCAUCCCAGAGCAUUCCUGGCACGGGGAACUGCGCUCCGGGGGCUCAGAGCCAUUCUCACCUCUCGGGUCGGCCACCUCCGGGUUGGGAAGUUUCUGCCCUCUCUAAACCCAAAACCGUCACCUCCUGUGGCACGGCAUUCCAGACUCCUGGAAUUCCCUUUCCACACUUCUAGUCUCGGGGACAUUUUUUUCUACCUCGGAGGGAGCCCAAGGACUCUCUCCAUCCCUUCAGCACAAAGAUGAUGCCUCUGCUCAGCAAUAACCCCAUGGGACUCCCCGGAUUGUGUCCAUCCAUCGGGAUUUUUCCAGGCUCGUGGAGGGUUCCAGAAGCCACCACAGGGAGGGAAGCCCCAGGGGGCAGGGGAGUUUCCAAGCCGGAGCACACGUGAGCUGUCCGUGGUCUGGGUUAGUUUCCUAAUGCACUGGAGGGAGCAUUCCCACCACUUCCUGCUUUUAGAGAUGCUCUGAGAAUGUUGACAUGUAGAGAGCUCUGCUUCCAAGCCCUUCCUUUUCCCCUCGAGCUGGUCCAGGGGCUUUUCCAGCCCCGUGAAGCUGGGCAGGCCCUGCUGAGGAGUCGGCAAGGAGCUCUCCCAGGGCUUUUCCCGGCGCUGGUGUACAAACCCUUAACCCUCUGCCGGUCCCUUUCAGGAAACAGGUGCCGAAAGGCAUCGAGAUGCUCCAUGGAGUGCAAGGGGAUGAGCAGCAGGAGACUCCAGUGCUUUUUUCUUUCCUUUGUCCUUUCCCCUUUUCCCUUUUCCUUCAUUUUUUUGUUCGCCUCCUGUUCCUUUUCCUCUUUUCUUCUUACCGCUUUCCUCUUUCCCUUUUCUUAUUUCCCUUUUCCCCUUCUCCUCCUUUCCUGCUUUUCCUUUCCUUCUUUUCUCCUUUUCUGUUCCCCUUUCCCCCUUUUCCUUUUCAACACCCCAAUCCCAUUCCUGGCUCACUUGGGGAAGUGGGAAGCCACCUACAGGCCCCACAAGUUGCCCAAAUCCUCCAGGUUCUGGCUCUUUUGCCAUGUGCUGGUUCCUAACAGGAAAAAAAAAAAAAAAAAAACCUAAACCACAAGGAAUUUUCUUUUAAAGCUGCUUGAAUUUUCCACCCUCUGGCAUUGUCGUGGGCUGUGGGCACCUGAGCUCAACCCCCUGCACCAGCAAAAAGAGGGGAAAAAAAAGACAAAAAGAUGGAAAACACUGAGAAAAAGAGGAAUAUCAGCCCUUGGGGGCCAGUGGCUCAGGUGGCUUCUGCCUUCAGCUGGGGAAUCCCAGUGGAGCCCUGUGGGCAGGUGAUCUCCAGCAUUGGGAAGGCCCUUCAGAGGUACAAAAUGUUGAUUUUUGGUUGGUUUUGGACUGAAGGUUUGGCCUCAGCACAAAUGAGGGGGCUUGGCAGGUUUGUGCCUUUUUGAGUUCCCAAUGCCUUUUUUUUUCCCCUUUUUUUCCUUCCUAUCCCAGACUGACCCUUCCCGGCCCUUUGCACUGUUGGGCUGUGCUCCGGGAACCCCAAAAUGCUGCACUAACCUGGAAUCUCCGGGUCCCCAAAGGUGGUGCCAACCUUUUCCUGGAAUUCACUGAUCCACCAGCAUUCCUAUGAAAUAAGCUGCAGGAAAGACUUUUUUUAUAGGUUGUGACAAAAAUCCAGGGAGUGGGGGGAGUUGUAUCGGGGCGUGGAUGGGUGGGAAUCAAAAACACCCAUUUCUGGGCUGUUUUUCCUUUCUUUUUUUCUUAUGGAAGGCAGAUCCCAAACCACCAGCUUCCGGGAAGCACCAAAAUGUUUGUUUCAUCCUUAAUUUUUCCAGUGGAACUGUCCUGUUGCCACUCAACCUUUCCUUUAUUAUUCUUUGGGACACCUCUUAUUUGUGCUUUUCCCGUCAUUUUCUCUGUUCUUUUUGCUUCCCAAGAAGUGGAUCCACCCCACCCUCAGCUCCAUUGGGCAGUUGGGAGCGAACACGGAUCCCAUUUCCAGCCGUUCCUGCUGUAAAUAUCCCAUUGUUGGGCUGAACCCCGUGUCAAGCCAAUAGAAUGGUGCUUUUUUUUUUUUUUUUUUAGGAAUUCUGUGUUUUAGGAGAUCUUUGCUGUGUCCAUGGAUAUUUCUGUCUUGUUUGAUUGUUAG